UCAGGAUUAAUUUUUGUCAUUGGAGUAGUUGGCAAUGGAAUGGUCGUAGCUUUGAUCGCUUUCCUUCGCCGGCGAGGUCAAUCAUCAUCUGUCCAGUUAUUUCUCCUUCACCUGGCCAUUUCUGAUCUGAUGGUAUGCCUGCUGUGUGUUCCCUUGACCAUUUUUAGUAAUUUUCACUACCCCAAUGAGUACCAUGUCAGAGACAAUGGCUUGUGUAAGCUUUCUCGCUUCAUGCAGGUAAAUCAACUGACGAUCAAUGAAUAGACCUUCGUUAAGAGUUUUAUCAGGAGUGUCCCACGACAAGUUUUAGUGACCUUCAAGUAAAACCUUGAGAGCCCGUAGUGCAGACUUUGGUUCUGCGUCAUACCGAAAAGAAAAGUGCUUAUAAAAUGCUCACGUUCAGAUACUAUAACAUGUUUUUGAUGGUUCAAUUUUCUGUCUGAUUAGCUAGUAGACACUGUGCGGUAUUGCUAAAGUGAGAAAGGGUGACAGUAACAAGCAUGGGGAACGGGAAAAUGAACAUGGGACAAAACCUUUAACUUAAACCUUAGCCCUGUCAGUAUUCAUUUGCUAUGCUCCGUUUUGCUUCUAUUUUUCAUUUUCUCUUUCAACUUUUCACGACACCGUUAUUAUUGUUUAUCUGAUCAGAAACUUACGCCCUUCUUUCCAAAUGUUAUCAAUCGGAAUCCUUUACAUUCACAUUCACAUUAUUAGAUUUAAACCAGUUAAAUAGUGGUAAAGGCACGUGUUAUUCUAAUUGCGUUAUUCUAAAUUCGAAAGACAGUUGCUGGAUUCGCGGCGGCGCAACAGAAAGAAAGGAAAUAAAACAGAAUAUGCAAAUGAUUUUCAGGAUUCUGAUGGCCACUUGUCAUAGUGGUCUUCACUGACCCAAAUUUUUUGGCUUUUCGGUCUUAACUCGUCAUAUCCUCUUAAUCUACAGAAUCUUGGACCAGUAAUUUCCGUAAGCUUAUUGACAGUCAUAAGUAUCGACCGCUACAUGACGUUUGUAAGGCAAGAACUAACCCCUGUCCAGAGGGCUUGGUAUCUAAGACCUUCGUGGCUGACUUUGUUUGCUUGGAUCUACGGUACAGUUCAAAACCUUCCAGUGUUCCACUCAGCUGAAGUUGUCCCUAUUGACUUUAAGAACGACACAAUAUAUUACUGCACCACCACACAAAGCAAGAGACUCUUUGGGAGGAUUUACCUUGCAGUAUCUGUCUUACUUGGGUUUGUGAUACCUUUUGCAACCAUGACCAUAUCAUACUAUCGUGUAAUAAGAGUGGUAUGGACCAGAAAACGCAGAUUGUCAUCUUCCUUGGACGCUAAAUCUAACGCCACGAUAGCGAACGAAAAGCUCCUAGAGCGUACCGGAAAGAAGGUCCUUCGUGUUUUAUUGAUUGUUGUUAUUUGCUUUGUAAUUUGCUGGCUACCGUUUACUCUCUAUCAUGGUAUAUUAGAACGAUAUCUGAGGGAAUUUCCAAACCCUAUGGAUGCAGUGCGGCUUAUUACCUAUGGAGUGGGCCUGGCAAACUCGACUUGCAAUCCGUUCAUUUACUAUUUCAACGUUGGUGGAAAAUCAUUUCACUCCAUUAAAAGAAGGUUCGUAGAGGCGAUGAGAGACAAAACAAGAAAGUCAUCCAGCAGUGCCGAGAGAAGCGAAAACCUUGAAAGAUUUGAAGUUUCCAUGCAUGUAGUGGAGUUGGACUUUCCACGAAAAAGUUCGGCUUAUCCUAAACCCAACGACACAUUAGACAAUAAUUCCGUACCUUUUGCAUAUAGCAACAAUCUUCCAGGUUCUGAAGAGGAUGAUAAGACAUUUAAUACCCGUUUCUAG